AUGGGCUCCUCUACUUCCAAAGCAGCGCGUGCGACGGGCAGCGCUGCUCGCCGAUACCCAAGCAGAACAUCACCAUCGACGUCUACCAAUGCUCCGCCACGACGACCACCACCUGCGCCAGAACAUCGACCAGGACCCACCGUUCGCCCACAGCCGCAAGUGAGCACUACAAGGGACGAAGCAAUCAACCUCGACGCCUCAGACCCUGCGUUUGCUCGCUCCCUACGGUCCAUCGGGCCCGUCCAGCCCAAUCCAACGCUUUCGCCGUCAUCCGCAUUUCCACAGCCCAACAACUCCAACAACCCAUCCCAAGCGCCGCGGCCGGCAGGCCCUGACCCUCGAAGGAAUCCAGCUUUAGCCGUUCUGGAUGCUAGAGCCCGGUUGCAAGAUCAGGCGGACAAGGAACUUCAGCAGGCGGGCAGAAGGGGCCAUGAAGGUCGGCAGUUCUUGGAUGUCUUCAUGAUCAGAGAGAUCUUGGUGCAGCGGGAUGAGAAGGGUAAGAGCGCUGCAGAGAUCGAACGGGGAAUGGGUCUACGGAGUGGCGUCGUAGAGAGACUGGGUCCAGCGGGUAUGGUGGGAGUUGCGCAGGAGCAGGGUCGGGCGCAGAAAGGUGUGGAUAUGGUAUGA